UAUACCAACCGCUUAAAUACUGCGACAUAACAUUUUGAAAAAUAGACUGUGCGUUGCUCUUAAACUGUGCGGGUAAAGUGAACUAAAAACAAAAAUGAAAAAAUUGCACUACAGCGUCAUGGAAAAUUUGGAAAAACCAAAUGUCUUAAUGCAAGUUAACGGGCAUAAUCUAUUGGAGUUUAAAAAAUCCAAAACUAUUUUUGAAACACCAAAAAUUGAGGGAUUGUAUUCGUACAUCUACGAAAGUUUUGAACCGUCCAAACAUAUCAAGUACUUCAAAGAGCCGCAACCAUCUCUUUAUCCAAUAGAUUUGAAUGUGGGCCUUGAGAAAGCGUGUCCUGUUAUUAACUCGCGUAUAGCUACUAGACUUCAUAUGCCUUUAAAUUUUGCCAUGAAAGAUUCGACCACUUAUCAGAGGCCUACUACUGCAACUACAGUGUACACCAGUCGCCGUGUUUUAACAUUAUUGAUGGAAUUUUGCUAUGGAAAAUAUAAUUCCCAUGUACUGGUAAGCCGGCACAAUGGGAACUUGUACAUGGCAGGCGAUCCGGCUGCUGAUAUGGAUACGCCGCAACAAUUCCAUCAUAAACGUUUAGAACAGUGUUUAUUUGCGGACUCUCCCGAUGAACUACCAAAAAUGGAUCAACCGAUUGAUAUGAACAUUGCUUUGAGCUGUUUACAUCAUGCCUAUUUAGGGAAAUUUUCUCUUCUUUAUGCCGGAGAGGUACAGGGCAUCAUAUCCGACAAAAUGUUGGAAAACAUAAAUGAUAUGGACCUCUUGAACCAAUGCCGCUUUGUUUUUUCAAAACAAAUGUGGGAAUGGUCAAAGAAAGAAUAUAAAUUUUUGCGAUAUUGGAUUCAAUCCCGUCUAAGCAAUGUCGACGACAUCUAUGUGGCAUGUAAGGACAAAGAGGGUAUUGUCAAAAAGCCCAUUGAACACUGUAAAGUGUCGGAUAUACCAAAGAAUUAUCCCUGGGAACCAGAAGUUUGUUUCGGCUUUUUACAUGCAUUUUUGGAGAAAGUCGAGAAUCUUAUGCAUGGUGUCAACUCUCUGGAGACAGUGUAUGAAUUUCAACUUAAUCCACCUACCAAAAAAAUAACAUAUGAGAUAUACAAUGGCAGAACCGAUAAGACGUUUAUACCAAAAUAUUAUGCCGAUUUUGUUAACAAUUAAAGUGAUUUACAACAAGAUUAAUAAAUAAAUUCAAGUGUUACCAAAUACAUAAAUAUGUGAAAUUUAAA